GCGGCGGUGACGCAACGCGGGCGAGGCCGGGAGGAGGUGCGGCUCCCGGGAAGGUGCGGAGCUUCGGGGGAGCGGGGUCCGUAUUACCGCCGCCGUCUCGCCGCGGUAGCCGUGAUGCGCUCCGCUCGCGGCUCCCCGCUCCUGGGAGUCCCUGCCGCGGGAUCGAGCGCUGCCGAGCAGAUUGGAAUUCCUUUGUGAUGAAGCGUUUUUAAGAUGGGGUUUCUUGAUAUAUCCAGAAGAGGAUUUGAUGCUGGAAACUGGAGCUAUCAGUCAAAGGAGGGCUGUAACUCCAGGAGGACCCCAUUGUUUCUAUAAUGGUGUGUGAAGACUGACUCUCCGAACAUUGCCUGACCUCUGACCUUUCAGCAUGGGGAGGAUCGGCAUCUCCUGUCUUUUUCCUGCUUCCUGGCAUUUUAGCAUCUCUCCAGUGGGGUGUCCUCGAAUUCUGAAUACAAACUUACGCCAAAUUAUUGUUAUUAGCAUUCUAGCUGCUGCUGUUUCACUUUUAUACUUUUCGGUUGUCAUAAUCCGAAGUAAAUAUGGGCGGCUAUCCAGAGACAAGAAGUUUCAAAGGUACUUGGCACGAGUUACUGACAUUGAAGCUACAGACACCAAUAACCCCAAUGUGAACUAUGGUAUCGUGGUGGACUGUGGUAGCAGCGGGUCUCGAAUAUUUGUCUAUUGCUGGCCCAGGCAUAAUGGCAAUCCUCACGAUCUGUUGGAUAUCAGACAAAUGAGGGAUAAAAACCGAAAGCCGGUGGUUAUGAAAAUAAAACCUGGCAUUUCAGAAUUUGCUACCUCUCCAGAGAAAGUCAGUGAUUAUAUUUCUCCGCUCUUGAACUUUGCUGCAGAGCAUGUACCACGGGCAAAACACAAAGAGACCCCUCUCUACAUUCUUUGCACCGCUGGAAUGAGAAUCCUUCCUGAAAGCCAGCAGAAAGCCAUCCUGGAAGACCUUCUGACUGACAUCCCCGUGCACUUUGACUUUCUGUUUUCUGAUUCUCAUGCAGAAGUAAUUUCAGGGAAACAAGAAGGUGUGUAUGCUUGGAUUGGCAUUAAUUUUGUCCUUGGACGAUUUGAGCAUAUUGAGGAUGAUGAUGAGGCAGUUGUGGAAGUUAACAUUCCUGGUAGUGAAAGCAGCGAAGCCAUCCUCCGUAAAAGAACUGCUGGUAUUCUUGACAUGGGAGGCGUGUCAACCCAGAUAGCAUACGAAGUCCCCAAAACUGUAAGCUUUGCCUCCUCACAGCAGGAAGAAGUAGCUAAGAACCUGCUCGCUGAAUUUAACCUGGGAUGUGAUGUUCACCGGACUGAGCAUGUGUACCGGGUCUAUGUGGCCACAUUUCUUGGGUUUGGUGGCAAUGCUGCUCGACAGAGAUACGAAGACAAGAUAUUUGCCAACACAGUUCAAAAGAACAGGCUCCUGGGGAAGCAGACUGGUCUGGCUCCUGAUACUCCAUACCUGGACCCCUGCCUACCCCUGGACAUUAAAGAUGAAAUCCAGCAAAACGGACAGACCAUGUACCUGCGGGGAACGGGAGACUUUGAUCUGUGUUGCGAGGUUCUCCAGCCUUUCAUGAACAAGACAAACGAGACGCAGACUUCCCUUAACGGGGUCUACCAGCCCCCGAUUCACUUCCAGAACAGCGAAUUCUAUGGCUUUUCUGAAUUCUAUUACUGCACUGAGGAUGUGUUACGAAUGGGGGGAGACUACAAUGCUGCUGCAUUUACUAAAGCUGCAAAGGAUUAUUGUGCAACAAAGUGGUCAAUCUUACGGGAGCGCUUUGACCGAGGACUGUAUGCCUCUCAUGCUGACCUCCACAGGCUAAAGUAUCAGUGCUUCAAAUCUGCCUGGAUGUUUGAAGUGUUUCACAGGGGCUUUUCGUUUCCUGUCAGCUAUAAAAAUUUAAAGACAGCCUUGCAAGUUUAUGACAAGGAGGUUCAGUGGACCCUUGGAGCAAUCCUUUACAGGACCCGCUUUUUACCCUUAAGAGAUAUCCAGCAGGAGACCUUCCGGGCCAAUCAUGCCCACUGGCGGGGCUUCUCCUUCGUCUACAAUCACUACCUGUUUUCCGGCUGCUUCCUGGUGGUCCUGCUGUCCAUCCUGCUCUACCUGCUGCGGCUGCGGCGCAUCCACAGGCGCACACUCCGCAGCGGCUCGGGCGCCACCCUCUGGCUGGAGGAGGGACUUUCAGCCCAGAAGAUUGCGGGCACCUUGUGAACCCAAGUCAGAGCCCAGGAACUUUCUAAAGGAAAAGCCAUUUUCGCCUCAGGGUUUCUCCUCUUUAUUCCCAUUUGGUUUUAUUUUCCCUUUCCCUUUUUGUUCCUUGAAACAAAAAUCCAUUAUUUGUAAACUCUGCUGUCCUGGAAGUAUUGCAUUUAGCCCGUUUUGUAAAGCUUUAAAUUGAGGAGUAGGAAGAAGGGAAAAUCACUUCAUUUUUGCUGCAUAGGAUCUGCCAAAAAUUCCUAAGAUUUUUGGUUUUUCUUUAAGGUAUGUUUAAUUUUAAACAAAUGCACUUUGAUAUUAGAGGGAAAUGGCAAAGAUGUUGUCUAUCAGUGGAGAUAGGAAAGGAGUGAUACUUUUCACAGAACCAAAAAACUUACUGACUGGAAUUAAAAUGCUUUUUUUCCUCUAUCUUGAAAGCUCUACCAUAAAGAGGGUAAUCUUUAGUUUUUAUUUAUUCAGAUCUGUCACUGUAUGUUUUCUCUGCAGGUUUAAAAAAUCAAAACCAUUUAUAUCCAAAAUAGAGAAAAAUAGUUACCCGGAGGUAACUGUUUUUAAAACUGAUA